UUUUAAAAAUUGAAUAAAAAUUCCCGAAAUUUCAAACAUUUUUCGCCUCUUCAAACUUAACCGCCCUCCUCCUCCUCCCUCAUUUUUCAGUAGAGAGACGAAAGAACAACAGUAGCAGCAGAUCUCUCUCUGUCUCUCUGUCUCUCUCGCCGCCUGCCUCCGCCGCAAGCUACGCCGCUCGCCGGCCGCUCGGGCGAUGACCAGUAGCUCCGCGAGGUCCGAUCCCGAGCUCCUCUCGAGGUUCUCUCAACGCCUCUCCUUCCUCAGUUUGCACCGCCGGCGGACUUGAUUGCCCGAACCGAGGCUCGAGCUGGAUCUGGCCCCGGCGCUCUAGCGUUUCCUCCUCCUCGUCUCCUUCGAGGCUCCUCCCCGCGGCGCCGUGUUUUCUUCUCAAUUCGGAUUCGCGAGCUAGGAAAUCAUGGUGAGGGAGCAGCGGGUGGAGUCCUUCUACACUCGGCUGCGCGAGUCCGCCCUGUCCUCGGCCGAUUCUCCUCUCCUCAUCUUCCCGUCGACCUCCGACGUCGACUCACUGUGCGCUCUCAAGGUCAUCUUCCAUGUGCUCGAGUCGGAUUCGGUGCAGUACGCUUGCUACCCGGUGUCGUCGUUUCGGGAGAUCCACAAGUACGCCGGGUCCAGCAUGAGCGCCGAGGGCGGCGCCGCCGUCACGAUCCUUUUGAUUAAUUGGGGGUGCCACCGCGACCUGCGCCGGGUCUUGGAUCUGGGUCCCGGAGCUAGGGUUUUCGUCGUGGAUAGCCACCGGCCGAUUCAUUUGCAUAAUUUGAGCGAGGGGAAUGAUCAGGUGGUCGUGCUUUAUACUCGGGAUGAUGAGCAGCAGGCCGAUUUGGCCUAUGAUUUCGAUGUGUCGGCUCUGGCUAAUGCUAGCGAUUUGAUGAGCGAUGAAGAAGGCGAUGAUGAGGCCUCGGAAAGUGAAGAGGAAAACGACAGUGAUAGCGAGGAAGAGGGAAGUAGAGCUGGGUCUAGGAAGCGAAGGAGGGUCUCUGAAGAAAAUGCGGAUGACCCGGUUCAGCUUUUCAGAAAGCUGAAGAAGGAGUACUACCGUAUGGGGACCUUUCAUGGGAAGCCUUCCGGAUGUUUGAUGCAUGAUUUGUCGCAUUCUUUGAGGAAGAACACGAAUGAAUUGCUCUGGUUAGCUUGCGUUUCCUUGACAGAUCAGUUUGUUCACGAGCGGUUAACAGAUGAGAGGUACCUAGCUGGGGUUAUGGAGCUUGAGCAGCACAUUAACAGCUCUGGGAACUUGGACGCUGUUACUUCUGUAACUCUCAAGGAUGGUACUAAGAUUCGUGCUCCAGAUUCCUCUCGCAUCGCAUACGAAGACGAGCCAAGGCUGAUGUUAUUGCAGGAAUGGAACUUAUUUGAUUCCAUGCUGUGUUCUUCGUACAUAGCGCCUAAAUUAAAGACAUGGAGUGACAAUGGGAUGAAAAAGCUCAAACUUCUCCUUGCCCGCAUGGGUUUUGCACUUGUGGAUUGCCAACAGAAGUUUCAGUACAUGAACCUGGAAGUGAAAAGAAAGAUGAAAGAUGAGUUUGAACGGUUUCUACCUGAGUACGGGCUAAGCGACUUCUACUAUAGAAGUUUUCUGAGACUCCAUGGUUAUAGCUCAAGGGUGUCCGCAGCAGACGUGGUAUAUGGAGUCACCGCACUGCUUGAGUCCUUUGUGAAAUCUGAUGGUUCUUGUGCUUCCAAGCAGUUCGGGGUGGCCUAUGACGCCUUGUCCUUGAGCAACUUGGACAAGCUGAAAGCCGGUAUGCAACAUGCUAUCAAGAUACAGCGAGCUAUUCUAAGACAGGGAAGUGCAGCCAUUACUAAGAGUGGCUCAAUAAGAAGUGGCAGGAAAUUUAGAUGGGUGAAGCUUGAAGAUUCUGUUGACACAAAGUUGUUAGGGUAUCCACAGGCUCUGACUAAGUUCUGUUACUUCCUGAUGGAUGCACUAAAAGAAAAGGGAGCAAGAAUGAAGCCUCUACUUUGUGCUUGCUUAUCACAGGAGCCUAACAAGGUUUUAAUUGUUGGGGUUUGCGGGAAGCCUCGGCUCGGGGCAGUGCAGGGUAAUGCUUUUGGUAUUGCAUUCAGAAACGCAGCUGAGGAAAUUGGAGCUGAAUUCUUUCAUGAGCUCUUUGAAUCUUCGUGGAUAGUUUUGGAUUCAAGUGCAGUGAACUCUUUCAUGAUCAGGUUGACGGAGAAGCUGUAGAACUGUAAUUUGUCGCUGAUUUGUCUGAUUGUAACAUGGAAAUGUCGAGUAGGCAUGUUUCACCAACAUCUUUGGCUUGCUGAAACGAAAAAUAAAAGGUUACACUCUAGCCAAUUGUAUAACUUGGAAGUUGGAACAGUUUUCCUGUCACUGAUUUGUAGAAUAAUGUUUAACUUUUCUUUUCUUCUUUUUGUACCCUAGAAUUUUUUCCUCUUAAACUCCAGGUCCUUCUUGGAGUAUUUUUAGGGCUAAUACCAUUUGUGUUUAAUUUAUGAAUGCUGCAGAAACAUGCCAUCCAGAAAGAAAAGAUACCUGUUUUUCCGUUUGUGGUGCAUUGCUGUUGUGUACUUUAAGUUCUUCUCUACCUAUGAGAUUUCCUUUGCACACUCUAUUUUGCAAUGUUGGAGAGUAGGGAGCGUAUUGUUUUAGCAAAGUCGGUGGUCCUAUGUAAAGAUGCAGCUAAUUGCUUGAGUACCCGAAAAAUGGGUCCCAUGUGUCUUUGUUGGCUGCAGAUAUUGAGUGUUAUUAUUGAUUUUUGGAUCUUUUGAUCUUCAUGUGA